AUGGAGCGCAGGCGGACGUGGCUCCGGCUCUCCCUCGCCCUCAACGUCGUCCUCCUCGCCGUCCCCUUAUACCUCUUCACCAUCCGUGGGCUCGACCUCGACACUGCCCUCUCCCAGUAUGUCACCGAACACCGCGCCCAGAGCGCUCUCGGCCGGUUUGCCGACUACGACUUUGCGGCCGAGACCAACGUCAAGCACGGCGACGGACCGAAGCACGGAGCGAACGUGAACGAUAUCCAGGAGGUCAUCGCCGAGGCUGAGAAGACCGAGGCCGCACCGCCGCCGCCCCCGCCGGCACCGAAAGCACCGCGUUCGUGCCAUGUUUGCGACGCCGGAGAGACGGGCAAGGCUCUUUGCGAGAAGUGGGGACGUGACGCGAUGACGCGCGGCAUCAUGUACUCGGGAACGAAUCAUCGCCUGCGCCGCGCUCUGGCCAAGAUGCGCCGUGGUGAGCCAUGGUCGAUGGGUGUCCUCGGCGGUUCGGUCUCGACGGGUCACGGGCUUAGAGAUCCCACGGGUGAGGUGCUCAGCGAGUUCAACAUGCACCGCAUCCUGUUUGACCACCUGAACGCGACCUUCCCGUCGGCCAAGGGCUCCAUCCUGCAUAGCGUGCGAGCGUCUGGCGAGGCGGGCCCGAACGACGGUCACAAUACCUUCAUCAACGGAGCCGUCCCUGCCCGCGGAUCCGACUACUUCGCAUACUGCUCGCACCUUCAUGUUCCGGAAGACGCCGACCUGGUUAUUCUCGAGAACGCCAUCAACGACCCGCUUCACAUCACCAUGAUCGAGACGUUUGAGCUUCUGCUGCGCUCCAUGCUUGAGCGCGACCACACGGCGGUCCUCGUGUUCAACGUGUUCGCGUUCAAGUUCGACAACAUCGCCAUGGGCGGAGACCUGAACGGCGGCACAACCAGCUACUACGACACGCCGGUGCUCUCGAGCCGUAACGCGAUGCUGCCGUACAUGUUCGAGCACCCUGACACCGUUGCGGACUGGUUCGCUACCAUGAACCACCGGUUGGACAAGAACAAGGAUACUCUCGACAACGUCGACAUCCGCCAUUUUGGCCGCCCGCUUCACAAGGUUUCCGGCGAGAUGAUGGUCGCAUACAUCGACUCUCAGCUGUGCGAGAUGGACGAGCUCGAGGAGGCCGAGGGAACGACCGACGUCGACAAGCUUUACCCCAAGGACCCUCUGCCGCCUCAACGCCUCAUGGACAAGUACGCGCACGGCACGCACGCGCCGAAGCUCACGCCGUUCUGCGCCUCGACGAGCAGCGAGCGUCACCCGUUGGCCCCUAUCGAGAAUGAGGGCUGGUACGAGUGGUCCUCCUCGCCCGAGAAGAAGUACCUCGUCAGCAAGACGCCGGGCUCGCGCGUCAAGUUCAAGUUCUCCACGACGCAGGGCAAGCUCAUCCUGUAUUACCUCUCGAGCAAGGACUUUGGUCUCGGCAACGUCAAGUGCUGGGUCGACGAUCAGGAGAACAACAAUGCCCUUUCCAUCGUCCUCAAGGGAUACUGGACCAACCCUUACAACACGGGCUCGACGAAGCAGAUCUGGAACAUCCCGCCGGGCGACCACACGCUCACGUGCCGCCUGCUCGAGGAGACCGACGACCCAAGCGGUGGACAGGAGUUCCGCUUCAUGAGCAUCAUGAGCAUUUAA